CACACCACUCUCUGUCGCUCAUACCACAGUAGUUACUUACAUUCAUUCUCUCCAGGUUACCUGUGUCACGGACACAGCUCGAGACCCUCCAGCGAGUCUUCCUAUUCCCACACACUCUCCUCACCAUGAAUUCGAAAUUCACCUGCCUCCGCGCCGCCCGGCUCGCUGCUCGGCAUCCCCAUCACCACCUCCGUCCCCGCCGCCAGACCUUUGCAACAGCCGUGCCUAACCGCGGAGGCGACCACGUCCGCAUCGUGGAAGUCGGCCCACGAGAUGGGUUGCAAAACGAGAAGCAGAGCAUACCAGUGGCCACAAAGAUAGAGCUCGUGGAAAGACUGGCACAGACAGGUCUCAAGACUAUCGAGGCUGGGUCGUUCGUUGCGCCGAAAUGGGUUCCUCAGAUGGCGAACUCUUCAGAGAUACUGGAACGGGUCCUACAAGCUCCGCCGCAGUCUCCCGUGCCCAUAACAUACCAAUGGCUACUCCCGAAUGUCAAAGGCCUAGACAACUUCCUCAAAACCUGGGAGGCCAGGACGUCGUCGCCCUCCUCCUCCUCCGCACAGCAAAAUAACGGCUACCCAACACCACCACCGUCCCCAGGCCCAGGCAACAUAGAUCCCGACGCUGUUCCCUCCGACGCCGCAGACCAGACACCCAAGCACGAAAUCUCCAUCUUCACCGCCGCAACCGAAUCCUUCACGCAGAAGAACACGAACUGCUCGAUCGCCGAGUCCCUCAAACGCUUCGAGCCCAUCCUCACCCGAGCCAAGGACCUCAAUCUGCCCGUCCGCGCCUACAUCUCCGUCGCGCUAGGCUGCCCGUACGAGGGCCCCAACGUCGACCCGCACAAGGUCGCCGAGCUCGCCGUCUCCCUCCUCGAGAUGGGCGCCGACGAGAUCUCCGUGGCCGACACCACGGGCAUGGGCACGGCGCCCAAGACCGCAGAGCUCCUCAAGACGCUCAGCGCUGCAGGCAUCGAGAAGAGCGACCUCGCGCUGCACUUCCACGACACCUACGGCCAGGCUCUCGUCAACUCCGUCGUCGCCCUCGAGCACGGCAUCAGGACGUUCGACGCCGCUGUGGGCGGUCUAGGUGGCUGCCCGUUCAGCCCCGGUGCCACCGGCAAUGUGGCGACGGAGGACCUGGUGCAUUGUUUCCACAGCCUGGGCGCGAAGACGGGCGUCGACAUCGAGAAGUUGGCUGAGGUCGGGGAGUGGAUAUCUGGGGAGCUGAGCAGAGGGAACGAGAGUAGGGCGGGGAAGGCGACAUUGGCACAGCUGAGGAAGAGAAGUUGAAUGACGAAAAAGGAAUCUUGUAUGAAAAGCGAAAAAUAGCAUACAUCAAAGGGGUGACCUUUUGAGUACCCAAACGAUAUUUAAGAAAAGUUAUGAUAGAUGAUUUGACGUAAGGUAGCACAUUACAUCUUACACAAAUAUAUCACAGAGAUAUCAACCACCAAUAAGCGAUUCAAG